AUGAGUGAGCCUGCUGAAAAAAGCUCGGAAACGGGCGAGGCUGCACAGAGCACAGACAAAGUCAAAUCUAUUGAGGAAGUCGAUCAGCUGAUGAGCUUGAACAAAGAAAAAGUGAACGUGGCUGCAUUAACCGAGCUAGGAUCGAAAUACAUGCUUCCUACCGAAAUUGGAACUCUCAUUUCAAAUCUAUCAAGUAUAAAGUAUACCACAGACCCAUUCAUUGAAUUGUACUAUUUUUACAAGACCAUGGAGCAGAACGACGCUUCUUUCAAGCAAAAUACUGGAAAUCCGUUCUUUGACUAUCGGACAAAGGAGGCGAUCGCAUCUCGAAAUGAGUUGCGUAGAAUCGCGUUCCUGAACUCGUUCGAUUCAAAAACAUUGGGAGUCACGGAGUACCGAGAUUUUCGAAAGCAAGCAAAGCAGCUAGAAUUCGAGAUCUUGAGUCUAGACGAAGAUGAGUCUUCCAAAGAGCUUCACAUUCGCCUGUUGAGUCAAAUCGAAUCCGGCUACUCGGACAUUCUCAAAAUCGAGCGAUGCCAUCUGCGUCUCGACAACUCGACCAACAGCUUUGCCCAGGCGUUUCUAAAACACGACAUCGAAGAGGCCCACCACCACCUUCUGAAAGCGUUCUCGAUCGACCGCUCGAGCACCGGGCAGCUCUCCGUGAAGCCGAAGGGUCUGCUGCGCGUGCUGAGCUACCAGAAGGGGAAGAAGCUUCUGCUCGCCGCGGCUCCGUUCUUUACGAAGGAGGUUUGGAAGUGUCUGCUGUCCAUCCUCAUCCCCUAUCUACUGAUUUGGACCGGCGAUGAGGCGCAGCGCGAAGUCACCGACCGCGUGCUGCGGACCAUCCAAAGCUAUCUGGAGAGCGAGCAGGCCGAUCUGAGCUUUCUCACCGCGGUUCUGAACUCGUUUAUUCAGCAGAAAACAUAUCCUUGUUUUUAUGAUGUGGGGAAGAGGCCUUGA